AUGUUUAAAGCUGUACAACAAUUAACUUUUAGAAGAUUCAAUUCUCAUCACUUAAAACCAUCCAAGUUGUUAAAUGAGUUGUCUUACAAGUCAAACAAACAAGUUGGUGAAGAGUUUAUCAAGAAAUACGAAGAGAAAGUUCACCAUUCCGAAGGUAUCACCAAUUUAUGGAAAAGAUUAACUUAUUUAGUAGCUAUUCCAGCUGUUUUGUUAGUUGCUAUUCCAGUUGGUAAAGUUGAAUUAAAACAUGCCGAACAUAGAAAACAUCAAGCUCAUUUGUCUGAUGAUGAAUGGCCACAACAAUACGAUUAUCAAAACAUUAGACUGAAACCAUUCUUCUGGGGUGAUGGUGAUAAAACUUUGUUCUGGAACUCAGAUGUUAACAGACAUGUUGUCAAAGACUAA